AUUGCUUGGACCGGUCUCCAGAGUCCCAUACUGCAAACCAACCAACAUGUAAUUUGGCAUACUUGCCGUUGCCACUCACAGUUUGUCCUACGCGGCGCUAAUGGCCCAGAACGCGUCAAAAGGAAGCACAAAUCACGGCAAGUUGCCGAAACUGCCGCCAAAUGCUAGAAUACACAAACGCCGCCUCACGCGAGCGCCCAUAGUUUCGAAAGGAUCCUCAAAUCCGCAAAUAAUAUACAUUUCCUCACGAACGCCGUUCAUGUCUGCCAUUUCGCGUAUCCGCAAGCACGUAACGUCUCUUCAAACCCGGCGCUCGCAAUCCAUCGCUGCAGCUUCUUCGAAGCGCAAGUCCGCCUCGUUCCAGAAAGCGAAGGGAGACCGUAUUCUGGCCGCAGCGAUCGAAAGCUUAGACCGACAGGAGAAUUCUGCGCGAGGUGCUCCCACCGACGAGGUGCUUGUGAAAGGGACAGGAAAGGCUAUUGAAAAAUUGGUCAGCAUUGCCGGAUGGCUUCAAGAGCAUGCGCAAGCAGAGGGUGUCAGAGUCAGAUUGGAGACCGAAAGCUGGUGGGCAGUGGAUGAUGUGUCGCUUGUGGGCGUAACCGAUGAAGAAGCUGAAGGAGCUAUGGAUGUCGAUCGGGAAAGAGACAAGCCGGAAGAUCUUCCAGAAAGUAGGCAAAGAAAUGUCAGUGUGCUGACUAUACGAGUUGGGGUGCUAUGAUAUCAGUCUUCCAUGCCAGUAUUGUAAGCUAGUAAGCUGAAUUUAUUUAUGAUACCCAUAUAGGCUCUAAUCCUUAUUGCUUAAAAAAAA